AAUUUCAGCAAAUUUUCCCUAUACAAAAAUUUUGGAACUAAACUUUUCAUUUACAAAAUUAAAAUUUCAUGGUCAAAAGUAUGCGUGUCAAAUUUGAUUCUUUUUAACUCUUCUCCCCGUGAGACAAACUCGUGCAAUGAUCCGUGAAAAUCACUCUUUUUAGACAUAGACAGAGACGGAAAUGAAGAAAUUGGCCGCAAAAUACAAAUUUUUAACAUUAAAUGGAGUCACUAUGCAACAAUAAAAUUUUCUGGUUGUUGAGAGAGAAUCUAUUGUUGACUCGUGCGAUUGUUUAAUGCGAGUGCUUUUUCUAGUUUUGCUUCGUUUGCAGAGAUUGUUUAAAGUGAUAAUGGAGAAUUUCAGAGAGUUGAAGAAGUUGCGCAUCUCGGACAAUGCAGAGUCCGAGGAUGACGCCUGGUCUUGGCCAGGUGUCAUAAGGGUGCUUCCGAAGGAUGCGGAGGAGAAGUGUCAUAAACCGGACGUCAAACGGGUGGUGGUCGUAACUCCGGACGACACCGCCUCGUCUCUCGUCCAAUAUCUAGAGGGGCGAUAUCCGGAGGUUCCGGAAUGGACGGUGGAGACAUCGUCGGGUGAGACCGGAGUGGAGAGAAAGGAGUCCGAAGAGUCCGUCGAGCGCAAAAGGCCUUGGUGGAAAAGGUUGUUUUGCUGCUGGAAGACAUAAACCUCUUCUCUGGCCAGGCCUUCUUGCGCAGAUUUCGACUUUUCACCGAAUGUAACAUCGCCAUUCGGAAGUGACCUUUCACCCGAAUAUGACAUUUACCAGGAAUUGAUCUUCCACCCGGCUACGACUUAAUCGACUGGACUUGACUUUUUAUCCCAAUUUACGGACGGAUACUUCGACACCAUUCGAGAUUCUGUUAAAGAGCAUAUAGAACAACGACAGUGACAUCAAACAGUGUUCUCGUGUUUAAUUAAAGACUGUUUAAACGGCUAUAACUGGCCAAAACAACUUAUAUUCUACAGACAUUUACACUGUAUUUCAUCCGGUGUUCUACUGCUAAAAACUUUCACCGCGAAAUAACGAAUAUUCGCCACUAAAAGGCAUACCAGACGAAUUUAAAUAAACCAAAAAAUACACGUACUCGGUUUGUGUACUCCACAAUCAUAAUU